UUCUUGGGAGCUGACGCCUCAAUUAAAAAGAAGUUCCCGACGUAUGACCUCCCAUUAUUGAAGCCUCUUGAAGAUAUGGGGGUGACCGAUGCCGACGUCAAAGAUUCGAUUUCCAGACUUGAUGAAUUGAAAAAGAGAUGGGAAGAGGUGCAAUGGACUGAUGAGAUGCAAAAAGAGUUCAACAUGUAUGUUGAGAGAGAAAUGAUGAAAGAAGAAAUUAGUGUUUUGGAGUCAACUGUGAACAAGUCAAAGGAUGUCAUAUUGAAGGACGAGUUAAGAGGAAUGCGUCGUGUGUUAAAGCGACUUGGAUAUGUCAGUGAGGACGAUAUCAUCCAAGUGAAAGGGCGUGUUGCUUCGGAGAUCUCUGCUGGUAACGAGAUAAUGAUCACCGAACUUCUGUUUAGUGGUGCGUUCACUCAACUCAACGCUGCACAGUCAGUUGCACUUCUCUCGAUGUUUGUCGUCGACGCGAAACAAAACAAAGAUGAUACCCCACAAAUACCAAAGGGACUUAUUGAUGCGUACGAGGCUGUUAUUUCAACUGGAAAACGGUUAGUCACUGUAAUGAAUGAGUGUAGACUUGACAUCAAACUUGAGGAUUAUAUCCAGCAGUUCAACCCGUUGAUGAUGGACAUUGUGAUGAAGUGGUGUAGUGGUGUUACAUUUGCACAAUUAGUGAGAGAAAGCGACAAAGUGAUGUAUGAAGGAAGUAUCAUCAGAAGUAUGAGAAUGCUUGAGGAGUUGUUAGAACAGAUGGUUUCCAUUAGUCGAUACAUGGGUACUCCAGAUUUGAACAACAAAUUUGCUGAGGGUAUUACCUUGAUCAAGAGAGACAUUAUCUUUGCAGCCUCGCUUUAUAUUGACUGA